AUGGCAAUCGCAGCGCCGGUGCAUAUGCCUGCGCCUUUGGCCGGCAAGGGGCGGGACUUGCGGCUGGUGUUUUUGGGGGCGGGUCUGGCGCUGUGUGCACACUAUGUUCUUCAGUGGCUGGGCCACAUGCCCUGGUGGCAGCGAAUCUCCCGGCGCUUCAUUUGGUGGCAUGCUGAUGCCCUGCCCUACAGUCCAUACGGAACAUAUGCAGGGGAGCCAGACACCACCACCACAGCCAUGGUGCUCUACUCUGACAAUGAGGAGGCUGUGGAGUGGGUCAACAUGUGUUGGCGGAAGCGGCUGCGCAUCCUGGAGUUCACGAUAGACCACGAGGCCCCAUACUUCUCAAAGAUGCGGCGACGGACCAGCCGCAAGGACUCGGACCUGAAUGGCAUUGUGGACGUGCGCUACACUGGAGGCGCCCGCAUGCUGCUGCUGAUUGAAGUGGGCCAGGGCAGGUGGCGCUUCAAGCUGCCGGUGCUGGUGAGCGACCUGGACUUGGAGUGCAAGAUGUGGAUCAAGCUGCGGCUGGCGCCCAUGUGCCCCUACAUCGGCAGCAUCUCCCUGGCAUUCGUCGGCGCCCCCAACGUCAAAGUCCAGCUCCUGCCCUACAACCGCGUCCGCGUCAUGCGCAUACCCAUCCUCCAGGCGUUCCUCACCAAGCUGUUCACAGUGGACCUGCCAGGCCUCAUUGUCCUGCCCAAGCGGCUAGACAUCAACAUCCCUCCUGCGGUCACAGCCGUCGCUGAAGCUGCAGUCGGGCGCGAUGCGGUUAUGAGGGCUGUGGCAUCCGCCGUCCUGCAGUCGGAGGCUCUUGAGCACAGCCUCAUGGCAGCCUUGCCGCUUGGGCCCCAGUCUGCAGCUGGCGGAGUGUCCCUGCCAGACUCCUUCCAUGGCGAGCUGACGGUGACGCUGCUGGAAGCGCGCAAUCUGCCGGUGUGGGGCUUCCCGUGGCAGUCCAACCCGUACUGCCGCCUGGAGGUGGGCGACCAGUCCUUCCGCAGCCGCCGCGAGGACGACACCAGCCACGCCGGCAGCCACCGCGCGCCCGUCUGGAACCAGGAGUUCCAAUUCCUCGUGGAAAAUCCCAUCAGCCAGGCAACUGUCUCAUCCAGGCUGCACCACACCGUCGGGGUGGUGACCAUCAGGGUCUGCGAUUCUCACAUAACCGGGCGGCCUGAUGUGGGCUAUGUGAAGUUCCCUCUCGUGCGCAUGCCCAGCGAUGGGCGCACCACUGCAUGGCUGCCUGUUCAGUCGAGCGUGCCAGGGCAGAGGGGCCAGGGAGAGCUGCACGUGCAGCUGAUCUACAAGCCCUUUGAGGACGAAGAGGAGGAGACUGACAGCACGUACCAGCAGGCUGAAGCCUUCGCUGCAGCUUCCCAGGACCAGAACAUCACCGACGUCCGCUCUGCUGCAGAUGCCUCAUCCCGAGCGGCGGUGGCAGCGUCGGCGGCCGCGGCUGCGGUGGCCGUCACGAAGGCGGCUGCAGCGCGCGCGGCCGCAAAGGUGCGGCGGAGGGCCGGCAAGGAGCUGGCCGCCAAGGGCGGCAACGGCGCACGACCGGAGUGGUCCAAGGACAACGGCGCUCGGCCGCGCAAGGGGAGGGAGUCCAAGAAUGGGGCACCGCGGGGUGUGUGGGAGAUCAUGGACUCCCUGAAGGACAUCACGCCGGAGGACCUGUUCCCCGGCGUUGCCUACAGCAUCACCGAGGAUGACGGCGACGAGGACAUGCCCUACACCCGCCCCGUCCGCCCCAGGCCCAGGGAAGACUCCGGCAGCGUCGACACCGACAAUGUAGCUGAUGCAGCGAUGGGGGACAUCCGGCGGCGUAUAGUGGAGCGCGUGCCCAGCAUCGGCCGCGGCCAGAUCCUGAGCGCGGACGACGCCCCAGCGCGCGUCGACGCCGGCAUCGAGCUGGAGCUCGGCCCCGCCUCGGACGACCGCGUGCCCAUGCGCACCUGGCCCGAGCAGGUUGACCCAGUGCACGGCCGCGCCGGUAUCUCCACCAGCGGCCCAGGCUCGGGACGAGGCUUUGGUGGCCAUGAGAGCAGCGAGGACGAGAGCAGCGACGACGGCAGCAGCAGCAGCGAGGACGAACACCAGGAGUCUCAGAACGGCAGUGCUCCCCACACGGCAGAGCAGGCUGGAGCCGCAGCCGCGUCUCUGGCUGGCACGUUGCCCCAGCAAGAGCAUGCAGAUGGCGUGGUGGAGGCAGCCACGUCAGCGGACGGCGCGGCGCAAGUGAAGGAGAGUUCAGAGGGAGAGGCUCAACCAAGUGGUGGCUGGCUAGGGUGGGUGAAGGGUCUCAACCCCUGGAAGGGGGAUGACAAAGCAGCAGGGGACAAAGGCGCCGAUGCCCCAGAGGGAGACCGGUCAGCAGACGCGGCUGCAGCGGAUGGGGGGGCACCUGCGGCUGAGGCGAAACAGGAAGAGAAGAAGAGCAGGUGGAGCUGGCUGCCCUGGGUGGGCAGCAUGAAUGAUGACGAAACAAUAGAGGACAUCAAAAAGGCAGCCAAGCGCAGGGAGGCUGAGAUGGAGGAGCUCAUGGUGCCCAACGAUCUCCCCAUUGAAAUGAUUGCAGAGGAAGUGAAGGAGAGCUGGCGUCUCAAGGAGGUCCAUGUGGAGAAGCUGAUGCAGAAGGCCGUGGAGCAGAGUGAGAGGCCAUGGCUGAUGCUGCUGACUUCGUUGUCGGCCCUGUCUGCGCUGUUGCUGGCACUAGUUUUCUGGAAGCUCUACCAGAUGCAGCUGUAG